AUGCAAUCAAAUUUAUUGCUGAUUACCUCAAGCUUUUCAAAAAUCAUAUCAUUGAGCACAUCGUUACCAAAGAAAUGGACGAAUUUUUUUUUUUAUAACAGGUCAAAGCUCUUAAAAAAGUACAAGAUACGUUAUGUGAUUACUGUACCUGUUAUGUGGAAUUCAAUGGACCGUGACAUCAUGAUACAAGCUGCAAUUGAAGCUACAAUAAAUACAAAAGAUGAAGUUGACCAGCUUCUUGAAAUCAGUGGGCCCGAAGCAGCAGCAUUAUUUUGUGAGAAGAGAUUCACCGAAUAUUUUAACAGGGUGGAAGAGACAAUGGACGAUAUGAACUUUAUUGUAUGUGAUGCUGGUGGAAGUAAUGUAGAUCUAGUUACUUUUAAUUCACAGCUGAACAAGAAAGAUAGCGAUACAUCUACAACAGACCCGAUGAUUUGUCAAAUUGGCGACGGUAUUGGUGAUACUUGCGGCUCAACUUAUCUUGACGUAAGAUUUAAAGAUUAUCUAGCUGAUUUUUAUAGCAAGUUUGGAGUGAAUAUAGACAGAGAAAAUGUUCCUCUUGACGAUGUCAUGCGUGAUUUUGUAGCAAAUCACAAGCUUGAUUUUAUGCCUAAUUUUCAAGGCGACAGUUGUUACGACAUCAAUUUGCCUGGAAAGGGGAUUAUAAACCUUACUAGAGAUUCUACCUACAGAAUGGCUAAUGGGAAUAAGACGCUGAAAAUGAGGAAUCAAGAUAUGAAAGAGAAAAUAUUUGAUCCUAUUGUUAAUCGUAUUUUUGACCUCAUCGAUGAUCAGUUAGACCAGGCAGAUAAAAUAGGCUGCAGAAUUGACGCAAUUUUAAUGGUCGGUGGCUUUUCCCAAUCCAGAUACCUGCAGCAACGCAUCAAAGACCAGUAUAAGGGUGUUUGUCAUGUCAGCGUUCCCUUCGAAGGGGUUAAGGCUAUAUCCCAUGGCGCUGUUUCUUACGCUUUAAAUCCCUGUAUGAUACCGAGAAGAUGCACCGGACAAUCCAUUGGGUUAGAGGUGCAAGCACCUUUUAUCAGAAGCUUAACGAAUUUGAAUGAAAGGAGAGUAAAAGACCCCGACGGGGACGAAAAUUUUGAAAAAGAUCGCAUAGAGUAUUUUGUAACAAGAGAUCAAACAUCAGAGGGCGAGCGGCGGCCGGUAUAUAAGAAGGAUGUAUAUGUUGUAUACCCUAACAGUGCAGUUAUAGGUACUUAUAAUAAUAAUUGGAAACAAUCCCUCAAAGCCAGCUGA